AGAGAAGGCGGCAGGGCAAAUUCCAGCCCUUCAGACGACUGUUUGGGAAGAAGAAGAAGCGGGAGGCGAAGGGGGGCUUCGAUGGAGCAGAGCUAAAGGCCAGUUUUUCUACUGGGGAAGUGUGUAACGGAGUUGUCUCUGAUGACGAGGAGUCCAAUCAGAAUCUGAGGGAGUUGAAUCCCAUCGGAUCUCGAGCUCUCUCACACGACAGCAUCUUCAUCCCAGAGGAGCCGGCGACAGAGUCCGGUCUGGAUCACAGCAUGUCCCAGGAAAACGUGUCGGAUAAAGUUCGGAAUCUGCAGAGGCAGAUAGCACAAGGUAUAAAGUUUGGCCAGAGGCCGUCUUCAAUGAGGAGGAGCGAGGGAGAUGAGGGGAGCUCGGAUGAGGAGGAGGUUCCCCGCAGCCCUCUGAAGGUGAUGGCCCAGGUAGAAGCUGAGCCACCGAAAACAGAGCCAAAGCAGGUCCCGGGGGCCCACGCACACACCACGCCGGUGAAAUCCCCCAGAUCCAAACGAGUUCUUCCACCCACUGGUACGAUUGAGUCCAUCAACCUGGAUGCCGUCCCGCAGUCUGUUCCUCGCUUGGACAACACCGCCGCCAAGCACAAACUGUCCGUCAAACCAAAAAACCAGAGGGUUUCCCGCAAGCACCGGCGCUUCACGCAGGUGAGCCGGAGCCAUCGUCGAGAUACGAGUUGUAACGAGCAUGACCUCCAGGAGGUGUCCAUCCCUGGUGUGGUGCAGGAGGACAUGGAGGCAGCCGGCGUCUCCGGUGACGACCAGCGCAGAGCUUCUGUUGAAGAGUCUCUGGAAAGCUUCAAGAAACAGAGACUCCAUGAGGAGGAGAGACAGGAGACGAGGAGGAGGAGAGAGCUGGAGGAGCAGAGGCUCAGACAGGACGAAGAGGAGAGGAGGAAGAGGGCCGAGGAGAUGAGGCUGCGUGAGCUGGAGGAGGAAAAGGAGAGGUGUCGUAAACAGCAGGAGGAGGAAGAGAGGAGGCUUCGAGAGGAGGCAGAGAGGAGGAGGAUGGAAGAGGAGGAGAGGAGGAUGAGAGAGGAGGAAGAAAGGAGGCGGCAAGAGGAGGAGGAGAGGAUGCAGAGGGAGGAAGAGGAAAGGAGGAUGCGAGAAGAGGAGGAGCGUCGACAGCGGGAGGAGGAGAGGAGGCGAGUGGAAGAGCAGAGGAGGAAAGAGGAGGAGGAGGAGGAGGAGAGGAGGAAGCGAAAGGAGGAGGAAGAGGCGAGAAGGCAGCAGGAGCUUGAGGCUGAGAGGAGGAGGAAGCUGAGAGAGGAAGAGGAGGAAAGAAAGAAGGAGGAAGAGGCGGAGGAGCUGAGGCUGCAGGAGAUGGAGCAAAAGAAGAAAGUGGAGGCGGAGGAGAGGAUGAGGAAGGAGGAGAAGCAGAGGAGGGUGUCAGGGGAGGAGGCUGACGGCAGCUCAGAUCCACAGGAGAGGAAGAGGAGGGCGGAGGAGCUGCGCUGGAGGGAGAUGGAGGAGCGACAGAGGCCGUUCUCCUUCAAGGUUUCCUCUGGAGAGAAGCAGAUCUUGUUCCAGAAGGUCAACCUGACGCCUGUGACUCCGCCCCCCGGCCACCAGAGCGGCGCUGCAGCAGAACAAAGAGACGGAGCGAAGGCUUCGUCCUCUGACGGACCAGAAUCCCCCAACCUGCCGACGUCCCCGUACGUCCCCCACACGGCCAUCUUAGUGACAGGCGCUCAGCUCUGCGGGACCGCCGUCAAUCUGGACCAGAUCAAAGACACCGCCUGUAAGUCUCUGCUGGGGCUUGGCGAGGACAGAAAGGCUCAGGGGACUCCGCCCCCCAAGAGCAAGACUUCACCUGACCGCAAGUCUGGAAAAACCAAAUCACUCAACGAGUCCGCGCUCUCCACAGACCAGUCCAGCGCCUCCAUCCUGGCAGAGUGGGCGAGUAUCAGGUCCAAGAUAUUCAAGGGCGUGGAGGAGGGGAAGUACGAUGAGUACACAGACCUGAACAGGAACCAGCCUCAGCCCGGCGGCGAUGACCAGCCGGCGUUCUCCCACUCCAACCUCAGGAAGACCAUGUCUGCCAACGCCAAGUUCUCCAUCACCCCUGCGAAGAAGAAGUUUGGAGAUUCAAACAGGAACUCCGAGGUGUUCGCUGUCGACGACAAGGAAGCGGGAGAGGAAGCUCCUCCCACCGACAGCCCCACCGCAGCCUCGCCAGCUCCGACCACCAAACCUCCGAGCAGGACGAGUAAAACGGUCCGCAUCAUCGAGAGAGGGUCGGAGGAGUGUAUGUUUGCCAAAGACCUGCCCUCCUUCCUGGUUCCCAGCCCCGGAGAGAAACCUGACGGGGCGGAGCUGAAGAGCAGGGCUCCGAGCGAGACGGAGGCGUCUGACAGCAGAGAGGAGGGGGAGGAGCGGGGCCAGGAUGGCGAGGAGAAGCCGUCGCCUUUUGGCAUCAAGCUGCGGAGAACCAACUACUCCCUGCGCUUUCACAGCGAACAGUCCACCGAGAAGAGGAAGAAACGCUACAGCGCUGGAGACAGCUUCGACGGCGUCCCCUCGCCUCUUACCCCCAUGGAGCCGGACUCUGACGCCUCCUCUGUCUUCUCUGAUAAAUCAAGUCCUGCCUCGCCCCAGAAAGAAGGCGUGGUCUGCAAGUACUUACACGCAUCCGCCUCCCCCGCCGUCCCUCGGGCUAAACCGGGUAAGUCCACCAGCCCGACCCCGCACAGCGAGGGUGAGAAAGUGCUUUCAAAACCGCCGCUCUACCGAAGACCGACUACAUCACCCAAACCCACCGGAGCGGUCCCGACACCUCCCCCAUCGCCGCUUCCUAAAGCGGUCCACGUGCCGCCCGGCGACUCUGUGGCGCCCGUCCUCUCGUCCAGCCAGGAGCAGACGAGCAGGAGCGAGGAACCUUCAGCCGUGGCACACCUGCACCGCAGCAGCCAAGGCCAGGUCCACGGGGAGGAGGAGCCCAAGGAGAAGAGGUCGUUCUUCCCCUCCAUCAACAUCCCCUGGAGAGAGAAGGCGGACAGGAAGACGGAGCUCAUCAGGAGAGAAAAACCGUCCCUUCAGAGCAGGCACUCGCUGGACAGUGCGAAGGUCCAGGAGAAGGAGGCCGGACCCUUGUGGAUCACACUGGCUCUGCAGAAGCAGAAGGGCUUCAGGGAGCAGCAGCAGAACCGAGAGGAGCGCCGCAGCCAGAGAGAGGCCAAGCUGGCUGAGAAACAGGCGAGAGAGAGAGACAGCGUCACACUGGUGAGUCCCACCGAGAGCAGAGGCAGCGGGAGCUCCAGUCCUUCCUCUAAACCUCAGACCCCAGAGGAGCCCAAGAGACCCGACAGCCUCCUGGGACGGCUGGAGCGCAGAGAGCACCUGAAGAAGGCCAACACUUUACCCAGCUCCGUCACCGUUGAGAUCGCGGACUCGACGCCGUCGCCACCUGCUGUCAAAGACGUGUCAAAGCGCUUCCCCUCCACUGACUCUCCGGCAGGGUUUGGGUUUUUUUCCACAGAGCCGGCCUGGCUGGCGCUGGCCAAGAGAGCCAAAGCCUGGAGCGACUGUCCUCAGAUCAUCAAAUAA